AUGGCAACAAAACGAGUGCAAAAAAGUGCUGAACAUGAUAAAAGUCCCAAAAUUAAUACCGCUCCCACAUUUAACAAACAUUAUGAAAUUAUAGACUCAGAAAUUGUGUUUGAAUUCGGUGGUCCCUGGGGAGUUACUGCUAUGAUGAUUGGGUUUCCAGUUCUAAUGUAUUACUUAUGGGGCUGUCUGCAUUUUUAUCGUGGAAAGUUAGUAUCACCUCUUGACGGCCAGCUUUGGAGUCAAAUAUUCAAAGGUGCAUAUCCUACCUGGUACGCAACAAAAAUAUAUGUAUUAUUCUGCCUUUUUGAAUUAUUCUUGGCCUACUUUAUGCCUGGUCCGAUUGUUAAGGGUGCGCCCGUUUCUUCUUUGAAAGGCAAGAAAUUGGACUAUCUUUGUAAUGGCGUGGCUUCUUGGUACGCCACUAUUGUUACUUCAUUUGUUCUACACUAUUAUGGAUGGUUCCGUCUCACAGAAAUCAUUGAUAAUUUUGGUCCGUUGAUGUCUGCUGCAGUAAUUUCUGGCUUCGUUGUCACAUUGGUCAUAUAUGUUACUACUAUUAUGCAAGGAAAACAGUAUCGUAUGUCAGGAUAUUUAAUGUAUGAUCUUUUCAUGGGUGCUGCAUUGAAUCCGCGUCUUGGACGGGUAGACCUCAAAAUGUUUGCAGAAAUUCGCAUACCUUGGGUUCUUUUGUUUUAUAUUUCAGUCUCGGCAGCAAUUAAAGAAUAUGAGUUGUUUGGUUAUAUCUCUUCAUCUAUGGCAUUUAUGGUUCUUGCUCAUUUCUUGUACGUGAAUGCUUGUGCUAAAGGUGAAGAAUGCAUCCCAACUACGUGGGAUAUGACUUAUGAAAAGUUUGGAUUUAUGUUAAUUUUUUGGAAUCUUGCAGGAGUGCCUUUUACAUAUUGCUAUGCAACAAUAUAUCUUCACAAUAAUAGCAUCGAUAAUAAUCAACCUAUACAACAUUCGCAAUUUUGGACCUACUUUUGUUAUGCAUUGUUAUUAUCAGGAUAUUAUAUUUGGGAUACGGCUAAUUCACAAAAAAAUCGUUUCAGAAUGAUAAUUAAUGGUUGUUAUAUUCCAAGAUAUACAUUUCCACAGCUUCCAUGGGGAACAUUGAAAAAUCCGACUUACAUUAAAACAAAAUAUGGAAGCCCGUUAUUGACAGGUGGAUGGUGGGGAAUUGCACGUAAGAUUCAUUAUACAGCCGAUUUGAUGAUGGCUUUUUCAUGGGGGUUUAUUACUGGAUUUAAUACAGCCAUCACGUAUUUUUAUCCAGUAUUUUUUGUAGCUGUGUUAACACACAGAGUUUACAGAGAUAUGGAAAGAUGUGCUAAAAAAUAUGGGAAAGAUUGGGAAGAGUACU